AUGAACAGCCCUAAUGAGGAUGAUUAUAGUGAUCAUAAGGAUGAUGAUUUGUCUUUGCUAGUGGAAAAAAAUAAUAUGGAGAAUUUAAAUUUUACAAAUCAAGUCAUUAGCCAUGCCAACUAUGAGAAUACUCCUCGACACUGUAGUGUUUGUGGCCAAGCAGGUCAUAAUGCUCGCACAUGCACAAGUCAAGAUAGUUAUAUUGAUUAUGAUAUAUCACUGUCAAUUGCAGGACAUAAUAAUGCCAAUGUUAAUUAUGAAAAUAAGUUUUGUCGUUGUGGCAACUGUGGUCAAACUGGUCAUAAUGCAUGCACAUGCAAUGCUACGAAAUAA